AUGAAUGGCGAGGCUGCUUCCGCGAACCAGCGGUUGGGUGUGGCCCGGAAUGACGCCUUACAAGGCGCCACGCUUGCAUUCCAACGCUCUAGGGAUCCCUCACCCAAUGUGAAGGCUAGAUCGCCUGCAACUGCUGCAAUGACAGGCGAACAUCAUCCUUUGGAUCAUCAGAGGACUGGAUCCGACGCCCCAGAAGUGGGCUCUGUAAAGGAUAAGAUCGGGAGAUUGACAAGACCACUUUCGCCUCCAGCCAGUACAUCACCAAGUGUGAGGGGACGAAGUUCAGCCGCCUCUCUCUCCUCAGCCUCCCAAAUUGCGGCACGGCUCGCUGCGUCAAGGUCCCCCGGGCGGGACAUCAGUGCCCCGUCCACAACUGCCAGACUUGGCGCAGGUGCAGUAAGUGCGAGCCGGGUGCCACCCUCGCCAGAAAAGCGACGGCUACCAGCAUCAGCCUCUCCUGGCUCGAUCCAAGGGAGACAUAGUCCCUUAGAUCGCGUGCUGCACGAAAAUGGCUUGAAGUCCGACUCAGAUUUGCCUAUCUACGGGCGCUCUCCCUCCCGACAAUCCAAGACUACUCUGGAUGAUCAGGAAAGUCGAGGGUCGAGCCUCCAUCCCUCCUUAGAGUCUCGGAAUUCUUCUGCGCAGCCAGAUGGGCUGAAACCAACGCUUCCGCCGCGUGUGCCGCCAUCACGAGGGUCUACCAGAAACCAUGGGGUUGUUGCAACACCCCUGCGACCUUUGACACCGAGCGAGGUAUCUAUAUCAAGCCAGUCACACACGAGUACUUCUAGCACGAUAGAUGACUCUAUUGGAAUGAGCGAGGAAGGCCUCUCCAAUGCUAUUAUCGCCUCAUCCCUAGCUUCAGCACGAGCAUCCCCAUCUAUCAAAGCUCCUCCGCCAGUUCCUCCGCAGCGGCGAGGGGCGCGAUCCAUUCUACAUAUGGCGCACCAAUCCAACAGCGAUCUAUCAAGGACACCAAGUCCACCAAAAAGCAUGCCGAUGACACUCCGCGGCAUACCGAAACCCACCGAGGCCGACCACCGAAAACACAGAAACCCCCUGCACAAACACCCCCACAAACACAAGGAGGGGGACCGUAAGCGCUGGCGACGCGAGGUCACCGAGAAGGAACGCAAACGUUACGAAGGUGUUUGGGCCUCUAAUAAAGGGCUUCUCAUCCCUCCUGAUCCUAGUGGAACCGGACCAUGGCCACCUAAUGCCUCGGAUAUGGUGCUCAACCUGGUGGUCCGGGAAAUUUGGUCCCGCAGCCGCCUGCCAGAGGCAAUCUUGGGGCAAGUGUGGGAUCUAGUCGAUCACCAACAUAUCGGACUCUUAAUUCGCGAAGAAUUCGUGGUCGGAAUGUGGUUGAUCGACCAGUUCUUGAAGGGACACAAGCUCCCUGUAAAAGUCCGGGACAGUGUCUGGGAUAGCGUACGGCAUGUUGCGGGUAUUAAGCUACCCCUUGGGAAAGACAAGGCCCAUGCUUAA